AUGGAGUCUAACCGCCUUUUCCGCUUCCCGAAGCCAGCAUGGAUGAACAGCGCAAACACCAGGACAGCCGGCGUCUACCUGGCGGGAGCUCUGUUUGCGCUGGGUUUCUACACCCUCAUCGACAUAUCCGUCUGGUCCAAAUCUGUCAUGAACCCUUCCCAGCCUGCCGUGCACAUCACCUUCGUAGACUGGAUCCCCGGCAUUUGCUCUGCGCUCGGCAUGCUCGUCAUCAAUUCGAUCGAUAAGUCGCGGCUCAGCGCUGACAGCUUCUCCUAUUCUGGAAAUGGGGUUGCGUGGAAGGCGAGGCUCGUCCUGUUCCUGGGCUUUGCGCUGUUGGCUGGAGGAUUGGCGGGAAGUGUGGUAGUACUAGUGAUGAAGUAUAUUGUACAGGAGUAUACCUGGCCGACUAUCUGGAUGGGGGUGGGAAAUGUCGUGGCAAACGGGCUAGUGAUGCUAAGUUCGGCUGUGCUCUGGAUUGCGCAGAACAUGGAGGACGAGUAUACCUACAACUUGGCGCUCUAA